AGAUGUAAUGAAGGGAUCUGCUAGUCCAUCUGUAUGGAUUUGCGUUUGUCAACAGACAGCUUUCACUAUAGCAUUGUAAUGCGAGAAGUAGGACAAAUGUCAUUUUGGAAAUCGCCUCAUAUGCUCGGCAUUAUCCUGGUCGUUUUCACCGGACGUCUACAAAUACGUAUCUGACUCCGAACACUUUCAAAAUGACAUAUCCCGUCCCAUGGAUAAAAAUCCCAGUGCGGACCGCCCUGGCAAUCUGGUAUCAGUGGACCACCAGGACUGAGUUGCCAGAGUUGUCCAAGGUCUCCGUGCUGAUGAGGCAGAGGAACAAGGUGGAGAACACCUUGCGAGCCAUGCAACAUGCCGGACCAGGGACCCUCCAGGUGAUCUCAGACUUUGACAUGACCCUCAGCAGGUUCGCCCACCACGGGAAGAGAGCGCCCACCACCCACAAUAUCCUGGACCACAGACUACUCAUCGAUGAAGACUGUGCCUGCAAUAUGAGGAAGCUGUUGAAGAUCUACUACCCCAUAGAGAUCGACCCCAGCUUGACCUCGGAGCAAAAAAUACCCCUGAUGGUGGAAUGGUGGACAAAGGUCCAUCACCUGUUGAUCCAGCAGAAGAUCCAGAGAGACAUGCUGGCCCAGGCGGUCCAGGAGUCUGGUGUUAUUCUCAGGGAGGGCUACGAGGUGUUCUUCGACCGCCUGGCUGAGCUCCAGGUCCCUCUGCUCAUCUUCUCGGCGGGAGUGGGGGACAUCUUGGAGGAGGUGGUCCGUCAGAGCCAGGUGUUCCACCCCAACGUCCACGUCAUCUCCAACUACAUGGACUUUGACGCCAACGGCGUUCUGCGGGGCUUCAAAGGUCCCCUGAUCCACACCUUCAACAAGCGUGAGGGGGCUCUGCUGCUCGCCGCCCCCCUCCCGGAGCUCCGGGAGCGGCCCAACGUGCUGCUACUGGGGGACUCCCUCGGGGACCUGGCCAUGGCCGACGGGGUGGCCCGGCCCCACAACCUGCUCACCGUGGGCUUCCUCAACGACCAGGUCGAGGAGAGGGCAGAGUCGUACGUGGAGGCUUUCGACAUUGUUCUGGUUAAGGACGAGUCGAUGGAGGUACCCAACGCUUUGCUGAAGUUCAUCACCUCUGGGAAAGAUGCCAAGUGACCAUGCAACAUAUAGGAAAUACAACUACCUGUUUACAGUGCAAGACACACUUGUCACAUGACGCAUGGAGCUGUUUCACUUCACUUGCCGAUGGAUGGACAAUAUUAAUGCUGUAAACACACGUCAAGUCAGCGUGGCAUCUCGCCGGGUACCUCAGACCAGAUCAUGGCGACUAUUGGGAGUGUUCACAUGUGUACUGUACGUCUGGUUUGUAAUGUGCAUCUCAGGUGACCGACAGCUGUCUCAGAUUCUAUCUAGUGACAACAGAACUUUUAAUUUUAACACAAGGUUUGUGUUCAUGCCGAUACUUACUUAGCUCCAUAAAUAUGAAUACGCUUUUAUUUUGUAAAUAUUUUUCUAAAUAUUUAUAGUCUGCACGAGGUCUCUUAUCACUUUUGUUGAAAAAAGGUCUGCUUUGUGGUAAAUGGGUUUUAUUUUAUGUGCAUGAUUUCAAUGUAUGAUAGUAACCAAAGUGAUGGGUGCUUUUUAUCUUGGGUGUAAGAGAAUUUUAAAUGAUUGCAUGUUUGACCAUGCAAGGUGCUACUCAAUGCUACCUCUACCUGAGAAGGUUAGUGCCAGCAGCCUGUUUACAGUGUAUACUGCACCCAAUGCAGUUAUAUACAACAUGGGAGCUACUCAAAAAUGUUCAUUGUUUAAAUUGACAUUGUAUACUUGCAAGUUAAUGCCCUCUCCUGGAUUACAGUAGUCCAGGAGGGCAUUACACAGGGCAAGGAUUAAAAUGGAAGGAAGGAACUUUUGUGCCUGUGUGUUGAAUACGAUUGAGAGUUUGACAUUUUUAUUUUUUAACAUUCAGCUGACUAGGGUGUGAGUAGUGUGUUGAUUCAAAAUACUUUGACAGCAAAGACUUGCAACAAAAUUAAAAUGGUAAUGUAGGCCUAUUUUCAUCUUUCAACCGUCAAAUAAACUACUAAUUUCUAGGGAUAUAUUAUUUUACAAUUCUGCUUGUAGUAUAAUUUGGGAUCCGUAAUAUGAAAGUAUUGCUUAUCUGUAUUUUCCAUUAGAAGCUUCUAUGAUAAAGAAAAAGUUUAAAUCCAAUCUUGUGUGAGCUGGGAUGUUAUGGGAAGCAUUAAGUAACUCUUACCUCUCAAUUAUCAUAAUGUUAGCCUGUGG